UUGGAUUGACCGUUGAUGUCUGAUAUAAUUUUAUCCUAAAGUUCAUUUUUUGUCUGAAUCCUGAAUCCAAAUUAGUGUCGUUUGUAGUAUUAAAAAUCUAUAAACGCCUGCAAUUCAACUAGACGAUGGUUAGACGAAAAAUUCCAAGGUUAUUCUUGUUUCUACUUAAUGUUUUAUAGUCCAGUCAAGAAGAAAAGAGCAAAUAAAGACACUAAAACUGUAAUAGUGAGUAAACCUAAACUGUGGAAGAGCCAGGUGGUGCAGGAAAUUAAACGUUUAAGGAGAACCACACACUUUCUUAUACCUAAAUUAGUUUUUGCACGUGUAGUCAGAGAUAUUAUCCAUGACUUAUUUCCCAGAACGACUAUCACCAGGAUACAAGCCACUGCUUUUGAAGCCCUGCAAGAAGCGACUGAGAUGUAUCUCGUGCAAUUCUUUGAAGACUCAAUAUUGCUGGCAUCACAUGCUAAACGGAUUACUCUUAUGCGAAACGAUAUGAUUUUAAUGCGUAGGCUAAGAGGUCGCGACGAUAUCAUCAAUAGAUGAGAAUUUUACUUUAUACAAUUUUAGAUAGACCAAUGUUCUAAGUACCUUAAGAUGCAUUAAAAUGUAACGAAUUCUUUCUCUUUGAAUAAGUUUCUUUUUUUAAUAAGAGGCAAUAUUUUUUGCUAUAUAAUACAGACUAACGAAAAUAAAUAGGACAAGGCGGGGUUUAUUCCGUCAGUUUCAAAUAAUAUGAUUUACAAUGACAAACAAUAUCUCUUUGUAGUGACGUGCUUACAGUUAUAUUACAUAAUUAUGCUCCUUAAGAACACAACUUUUAAACAUUCAAUAUGCUGUUCAGAAACAUAAACAUUAUCACAAGAAAAUGGAG